AUGUCUACGAGAAGUGAGUUGCAUAAAGUUCAAGAUUUGAAUGAACUUCAUCAACAUGUGUACGAUUCAAUGACCUUUUCUGCACUUAGACAACAAUCCCAAGAUAAUUUAGAACAAUCUUGGCCACCCUAUCGUCGACUAAUAAAAACUCUCUCACAGUUAACUCACAUACCUUCUUAUUUAUUAAAUAAUUAUGUACGCACAAUCGUUUGUCUUCUUUUAUUUGGCUUAAUGUUUCCGUUGAACCUCCUGAUUACAUUGUUAACAAUGAUUUUAUCCUAUUUUUGUAAUCUCAUUCAUAAAAAGUCAUCCUUACCCUCAUCAAAUCCAUCUCGGAAACGAAUUCUCAUAUCCGGUGGUAGUACAACAAAAGCACUUCAUCUAUGUCGAUCAUUUUAUCAAGCGGGCCAUCAAAUAAUUCUUGUUGAUGAAUCAAUCAAUUGGCUUACCGGUCAUCGAUGGUCGAAUUCCGUCGAAAGAUUUUAUGUUCAUCCAUCGCCAAGCAAAGAAUCCGACGCAUAUCUAACAAUACUAGCGAACAUUGUUCGAAGAGAAAAGAUCAAUGUUUUUAUUCCGUGCUGUCAUUCUCACAUCGAUGAACGGUUACAAGUCGCAUUGGCAACGCACAAUUGUUCGAUCUUUUAUCCAAGAUCUGAUCAAACAAUAUUCAUGUCGAACAAAUAUGCAUUUAUAGAGAGAACUCGUUCUCUGAAUCUAUCAGUUCCAUCUUCAUUUCUAAUAACAUCACGUGAACAAUUAUUACAAUUUAAUUAUGAUUGCUCGUACAUCUGCAAGCCAGCUACCAUCGAUUCUCUCCAUCACGAGAAAACAAUCAUAUUACCUCGAUCAACACCAUCAGAAACCAUCGAAUACAUCAACAAAUUAUCAAUCAGUGAACAUCGUCCAUAUCUUUUACAAAAGUUUCUUUCCGGUCAAGAAUAUUCAACACACGUCACAGCGAUCGAUGGCAGAAUAAAGCUAUUUGUCUGUUCGCCAAAAUCAACCUACCAACAUGUCGAUCAGCCAAGGAUCUUACAAUGGUGUAUGCAGUACGUUGAAACGUUGAAUUUAACUGGCCAUUUAUCAAUGAAAUUCAUCAUUGAUGAUCACGAUGAGCAAGUUUAUGCUAUUGAAUGCCGUUCAUAUGUUGAUUCAAAUAUUAUUUCGUUUUACAAUCAUCCAGAAGUUGCCAAUGCUUAUUUCGAACACGAAUCUUCGACAAUGAUUGUACCGCUUGCUUCUGCGCGACAAAUCUAUUGGCUACCCUAUGAAUUGUGGCAACUGGUUCAAAACAUACGAUCGAGAAAGAAAAUCAUUGCAUGUUUGAAGAAAAUUUGCUUCGGAAAAGAAGCUAUCUGGUCAUGGAAUGAUCCAUUUCCGUUUCUUUUACACUAUCACAUUCAUUUCUUCUAUCUUCUAUUUGCUAAUCUUUUUUCUAAACACAUUCGUUUUUUUAAUCACGUUGAUUGUAAUAUGGGUCGACUGUUUUAA